UUAUUGUUUUUGAUUAGUGAGAUAAAAAUGAUAACAAUAUGUGUUAACAAUUUGUACUAGUUAUAGUUAUAUUGUACUUCUAAAACAAUUUCUUGUUCAGUACCUAGCGACAAUGAAUAGGGAGAGCAUUGUUGUUUUGUGCACUGUGCUAGCAGUGACAUCAUGUGUUGAGGACUUGACGUUUCCACCUGGAUUCUUAUGGGGAGCGGCCACUGCAGCUUACCAGGUCGAAGGAGGGUGGAAUGCCAACAAAGGAGAAAGCGUAUGGGAUCGUUUAAGCCAUGAACAUCCCGAGAUGAUAUCAGAUCUGACCAAUGGAGACGUGGCUUGCGACUCCUACCACCUGUGGAGGAGAGACAUCGAAAUGGCUGAAGAACUUGGAUUGCAAUUCUAUAGGUUAUCAAUAUCCUGGCCUCGUCUGCUCCCGUCUGGUUUUCCUAACCAUAUCAGCGAGGAUGGCAAGAACUACUACAACAACCUGAUCGAUGGUCUACUGGAGAAGGGGAUCGAGCCUUUCGUUACUUUAUACCACUGGGAUUUGCCGCAAAGUGGCUGGACAAACCAUCUGGUCGCCGACUGGUUUGUCGACUACGCAAGAGUCGCUUACACCCUUUUCGGUGACCGUGUGAAGUGGUGGAUCACCAUCAACGAGCCCCUGAUCAUCUGUGACGUGGUUUACAGCUCUGGCAUCCUGGCUCCUCCCAUUAUGAGCCCAGAAGUUGGAGCUCACUUGUGCUCUAAGAACGUGGUGAUGGCUCACGCUAAGGCUUACAGGCUAUACGAUGAAGAGUUUAGACCUAAGUUGGGAAAUACGCUCAUCCGAUUUAUUCCAAGGUCGGUGGUUGGCCACCAGCAUUGGAGAAGGCGCUGGGAGAUUACUAUUCGAAGCAAGGGGACCUUCGACUUCUACGCCCUAAACCAGUACACUAGUCGUCUGAUCCGCCCAGCGAGGGAAGGUGAGACCUUCCAACCUUGGCCUUUAGGAGACGCCAUCCAACUCAAUGCUAAAAUGGAACGAGAUGAGAGCUGGUCUACCACUCUGUCAUUCUGGUUUUUCGUGCAUCCGGAAGGUAUUAGACGUCAACUAGUCUGGUUGAAGCAACAGUAUGGAGAUAUAGAGUUCGUUGUCACGGAGAAUGGUCGGUCAACACAAGCUGGAUUGGAUGAUCAGGACAGGAUUGAUUACUAUAGGAAGUACUUAAGACAGGUGAGAGUAACAAAUUUGGACUUUACGAGGUCGACUUUAAAGACCCGCUGCGUACACGCACUCCUCGAGCCUCAGCGAAUUUCUAUACAAACCUUAUAAAGACGAAUACAUUGGAUUUAGGUACAAUACAGGACGAACUAUGAUUAUGUGAUAUUACUGUUGUAAAUAUAUAGUCUAGAUAGCAAGGUG